AUGUUGUCGAUCUUGCGCAAAGCCCGUCUCAAGGAUAAGGAGAUGCGUAUACUGAUGCUGGGUCUCGACAAUGCGGGAAAGACAACAAUAGUCAAAAAGAUCAUGGGCGAGGAUGUGAACACGGUGAGCCCAACUCUGGGCUUCAUCAUCAAGACCAUCGACUACGACGGAUAUAAACUAAACAUCUGGGACGUGGGUGGGCAGAAGACGUUGCGCUCGUACUGGCGCAACUAUUUCGAGAAGACAGAUGCGCUGAUUUGGGUGGUCGACGCCACGGAUCGGCUAAGAAUCCAGGACUGCAAGGAGGAGCUGCAUGGCCUGUUGCAAGAAGAGCGACUAUCCGGAGCUAGCCUCCUGGUGUUUGCCAACAAAACCGACGUGAACGGCUGCAUGGAUGAGCGGGAAAUACUCGAGGUCGGUCUUGAAGAACCCAAGGUCUGCGAGUAG